AAAAACUCUCCAUAUAUAAACUCUCUCGACUAAUUCUUGUUUCCGUUUCAGUCUCUCUUUCUAGACUCCCUUGAUUGAGAGCUGCAAUCAUGUUGGUUUAUCAAGAUUUGCUCACCGGUGAUGAACUCCUCUCCGACUCUUUCCCGUAUAAGGAAAUCGAGAAUGGAGCUCUAUGGGAAGUCGAGGGAAAGUGGGUAGUCACCGGAGCUGUUGAUGUUGACAUUGGAGCAAAUCCUUCGGCCGAAGGUGGUGGAGAGGAUGAAGGAGUUGAUGACCAGGCUGUCAAAGUGGUUGACAUUGUCGACACCUUUAGGCUGCAGGAGCAACCUCCUUUCGACAAGAAGCAAUUCAUUGGAUAUAUCAAGAAGUAUAUCAAGGUGUUGACGCCCAAGCUUGAUGCCGAGAAGCAAGAGGAGUUUAAGAAGUCCAUUGAGGGGGCGACCAAAUAUCUCGUCUCUAAACUCAAAGAUCUCCAAUUUUUUGUCGGAGAGAGCAUGGCCGAUGAUAGCUCGUUGGUGUUUGCUUACUACAAGGAAGGUGCAACUGAUCCAACAUUUUUAUACUUUGGCCAUGGUUUGAAGGAAAUCAAGUGUUGAGUGGCUGCAAAACUGCUCACUUGCCAAAAUGUUUCUUAUAACGAUAUAUUUAAUGCGUGCUGCCAUUUUUCUCUGUGCUCGCUCUGUGUGACAUUGGAAUUCAUCUUGAUUUUAACUUCAAUUUCCAUAAAGUAGCUUCCAUUUUGACCA